UGGUGGCCACAGGAAGAAUAACCUCCCCAUGGUUCUCUCUGGGGCCCCUGAGAUGGGUUGCCUGGCUACUUAAUAAGAAGCAAAUUCUCCGAUGGGAAAACCACCCUAUCCUCAUGCAUCACUUGACCAUUGAAGGAGAACGGGAUGCUAAUGAGAGCGGUCCAAGGGGAGGCACUUCAAAAGCAAGUGCUCCUAGAAUGACCGACCCACUGUAGUGCUCCGGUGCUGAUAAAGAGGAAGCACCGAGCGAGUCAAGUGAGCAAACACCGGGACUCCCUGUGUCCUCCAUACUGGUGGCCUUCUUCACCUGGACCCCCUGAGAAGGACCCUAAGUUCUUAUUCGGAGUCGUCUCUUUGGUGACGUUGGCUAUUUUUCUCAAAACCAUCAUUUCAAGGCUCAGGAGGAACUGCAGGGUCCUUUCCAGCUCUCUUCCUGGGCAUUUCUGGACGUGAGUGCCUCUCAUUGAAAUAUCCCCAUCUCUACCAAUAGACAAGGAAAAGGCUUGGAGCACCUCAACCCACUGCGCCAACAGGACAUUAAUGACCGACUGUUUCUUGUUACUACUUGAAGUCAACUAAAUAGAAGUUCACAAGGCUCUGUGUAGAACCCAUUGAUCUCACCGUGACCAGGGAAAUUGUGAUCGCAUGACGGAUGAGCAGCCGCCCCAAGGAGAUGUCUGACACUCACACUCACAGCAGCCCUCUCCUGGCAGAGCCACUGUCCUACAGAUACAAACUCUACGAGUCAGAGUUGACCAGCCCCACCUGGCCCUCAAGCCCCCAGGACACACAUCCUGCCCUGCCCCUCCUGGAAAUGCCUGAAGAAAAGGAUCUCCGGUCAUCCAACGAAGAAAGCCACAUCGUGAAGAUUGAGAAACCCAAUGAAAAGGGAAGAAGGAGAGAGAGUGAGGCAGCCCCUCGGAGCUCCGCAGGCCGGCGGGGCAUCAACAUCUUUCAGGCUGUGGGCUACCUCACAGGCGAGAUGAAGGAGUUCCAGAACUGGCUGAAAGAUAAGCCCCUGGCCCUGCAGUUCACAGACUGGGUUCUGCGGGGCAGCGCUCAGGUGAUGUUCGCCAACAACCCUCUCAGCGGGCUCAUCAUCUUCAUAGGGCUCCUGAUCCAGAAUCCCUGGUGGGCGAUCUCCGGGGGCCUGGGGACAGUGAUGUCAACUGUAAGUGCCCUCAUCUUGAGCCAGGACAGGGCUGCGGUCGCCGCGGGCCUCCACGGGUACAACGGGAUGCUGGUGGGGAUGCUGACCGCUGUGUUCUCCGCCAAGUCUGACUAUUACUGGUGGCUUCUGCUUCCUGUGACCCUCACGGCCAUGUCCUGCCCCGUCAUUUCCAGUGCCUUGAGUUCCAUCUUCAGCAAGUGGGACCUCCCGGUCUUCACACUGCCCUUCAACAUCGCCGUGACCCUGUACCUGGCGGCCACGGGCCACUACAACCUCUUCUUCCCCAUGACACUGGUGGAGCCCAUGUCUUCAGUGCCCAACAUCACCUGGACAGAGAUUGAGAUGCCCUUGCUGCUGCAAGCCAUCCCUAUCGGGGUCGGGCAGGUGUACGGCUGCGACAAUCCCUGGACAGGCGGCAUGUUCCUGGUGGCUCUGUUCAUCUCCUCGCCACUCAUCUGCUUGCAUGCAGCCAUUGGCUCAAUCGUGGGGAUCCUGGCAGCCCUGGCGGUGGCCACGCCCUUCGAGACGAUCUACCUGGGCCUCUCCAGCUACAACUGCGUCCUCUCCUGCAUCGCCAUCGGAGGCAUGUUCUACGCCCUCACCUGGCAGACCCACCUGCUGGCCCUCGUCUGCGCCCUGUUCUGUGCCUACAUGGGAGCAGCCCUCACCAACAUAAUGGCAGUGCUUGGUGUGCCACCAGGCACCUGGCCCUUCUGCCUCUCCUCCCUCACCUUCCUGCUCCUGACGACCAACAACCCCGCCAUCUACAGGCUCCCACUCAGCAAAGUCACCUACCCAGAGGCCAACCGCAUCUACUACCUGACAGUGAAAAGCAGUGAAGAGGACAAGUCCCCCAGCGGUGACUAGCCAAGUCACAGGCAGAAGUGCUCUCUGCCUGGGCCGGGGUCUGCGCCCUGUGGUGUCAGCUUUGGGCCAAUCAGCUACAGCGCUCACUGGCUUUGCUUCUUUUUGCACCUGUGUGGAACCAGACACACCUGUAACCCCCUUUCCCUGACACUGAUUUUCUCUCUCUGCGCAAAUCGCCUUAACUACCCACUGUGCAUCGUUCCAGGAAGUUGGUGGUGAGCUUGCUGGAGGGAGAAGUUAGGCACGUGUUUUCAAUGUCAUUGACAAAACAGAAACAUUCUUCGUAUUUAGUCUUUUGGAAAGGUGAUUGAGAGAUGAUCUUCUUGGCACGUUUAACUAAAUAAUAGAUUCUGUAAAAUUGAA